AUGGAGGACGCCGAUGACCGGGCCCGGAGCCGGCGCCGAUGCCCAUUGUUGAAUCGACGGGGAGAAGGGGAGAAGGGAAAAGAAGGAGAAAAAGCAAAUCCUGUACGGAGCAGUUACUAUACAAUCCGACGCUACCCCGGCCUCUGCACAGUGCUCACCCACCAGAUCGUGACAAUCGAUCGCAUUUGCCGCGGCCAACGCUCCUCUUGGCCGCCAAUCCCAUCAGCAGCCAAACUGGCGUCACACUCCGGGCGGGGCAAUGGCAAUGGCAAUGGUAAUGCCCGCCUGUCCCUCAUUGCCAGACAUUUCGACCAACGGCUGCCGUUGCCUGAACUGAACACACCCUUCUCGUCCGAGAGACUGUCUGUCGAGCCCGACGAUCUGGAAUAUAAUCCUAUCCAGCGAACCCCUCCCGCGAUCGACUCUGACCUUAUUCCCAAGCAGUCAGACAAAACCAAGAACAAGAUGUCUUCGCAGCCAGCCCAUAGUACCCUCCUCAUCCCGGGACCCAUUGAAUUCGACGAUGCGGUCCUGCAGUCCAUGUCCCAUUAUGCAGAGAGCCAUGUCGGCCCUGCCUUUGUCAAGACAUUCGGCGAAAGCUUGACCUUCCUCCGCAAACUUUUCCAAACCACCGAUCCCGCAUCGCAGCCAUUCAUCAUCUCCGGCAGUGGAACAUUGGGCUGGGACAUCGUCGCCAGUAACUUGAUUGAGCGCGGAGAAGAAGCAUUGGUCCUUCAUACCGGAUACUUUGGGGACUCAUUCGCUACCGCAUUGGAGACCUACGGCGCAAAAGCGACUCAACUCAAAGCUCCAAUUGGCGAUCGCCCAUCACUCGCCGAGAUCGAGGAGGCCUUGAAACAAAAACAAUACAAACUGAUCACAAUCACACACGUGGAUACCUCUACUGGUGUGUUGAGUGAUAUCAAAGCCGUCUCUGAGCUCGUCCACCGCGUCAGCCCGGAUACAUUGGUUGUUGUCGACGGUGUCUGCAGUGUGGGUUGCGAAGAAAUCGAUUUCGAUGCCUGGGGCCUCGAUGUCGUUUUGACCGCCAGCCAAAAGGCCAUCGGAUGCCCACCUGGUCUUAGUAUCUUGAUGCUUUCAGGUCGUGCCAUCAACGUCUUCAAGACCCGCCAGACACCCCCCGCUUCAUAUUAUGCUUCUAUCGCCAACUGGCUACCUAUAAUGCAGAACUACGAGGCUGGUAAACCCUCCUACUUUGCUACCCCACCAACUCAGCUCGUGCACGCUCUUCACACAACAUUGACCAGCAUCACGGCUAAGCCAAUGUCCGAACGAUUCGCAAUCCACGCAAAGACAUCCGAUAAAGUCAAGGCCGCCGUUGCAGAAUUGGGUCUGACUCAACUCGCUACAAAGCCCGAGAACCAAGCACAUGCCAUGACAGCCAUUCGCUUGCCUGAAGGCGUAACAGCACCGGAAAUUCUUCCAGGAUUGUUGAAGCGGGGUGUCGUAUUUGCGGGUGGUUUGCAUAAGGCCAUUGCGCCUACCUAUAUUCGAUUCGGACACAUGGGUGUUAGCGUUACAGAUCCUAACAGAAAGGAUAUUGAUAAUGCCAUUACGGCGUUGCAGGAGUCGUGGGUCGAGGUUAAGACGGCCAAGGGGUUGUAA